UUAGGCAUCGACCAGAGGAUACGUUUGGUGUAUAUGCACAUGCUCAGUGCUGCUAUUGAAGUCCUCGUAGUGGCCUCAGUGAUUACAACCACUACGGAGUCUUAGGAGAGUUCCGUAGUUGAUGAUGCUACAAUAAGACAUCAAUCAUCUCUUAUGUCCAAAUUACAUUUUAAUUUCUGGAACCAAGAUCACUUCUAGUGGAGAAGGAAAUGUUAAGAAGAGUAAAGAAAAUGGCUACAAAAAUAAGCAAGUGUGUGAUAUCUUACCAUAGCGCUAUAGGCUGAUCUCGACCAGAGAAGUUGCCAGACCGGAUUCUGAUAGUCAGGUCCCUUAUAAUGCCCGCUGUUACUUUGCCCGCUGCUGUGGCAGGCUCUGGAACAUGGGGAUUAGGAGCAGAGUGUGAAGUCAGACUGCCAAGGUUUAUUUGCCCUGAUGGUGUGUGCACAUUUGAAUCCGUUACCAUCUUGUCAAGUCUUAGUUUUUUCCACUGCAAAUGACAUAAGAGCAACAAUUAACUUGCUCAGAUGACAGGUAAAAUGUUUAACCAUGCCUGGCAUGUGGUAUUAAGCAUUCAGCACAUCUUAGCAAUGGGGUAGUGCGUUGUUGUGAGAUCUGCAGAGCUCGUCCUCCUCAGAGUCUUUUGGGACACUCACAUAUGAUAACAGGUUUCGCUGAGCUCCCCAAAAUAUUUUGUGAAACUUCUCAGAAGCUGUUGAGUGUGGAAGCCUUUGCUCGAACUGCAAAACACUAUUCUGUGCAAAACUUGGGACUGUGUACUCCUUCUGAGCAGUUGCUCACAGCCCUCCGAGUAGAUACAAGACAGAGAGUUGAUGAAAAUGUGAAGGCAAUUGAGUUUAUGAAUACAAAAAAAUCUCAUGAGGUUCAGGCAAUGUCAGAGCUAAUCUGCAGUAUUGCUGAUUACUGUGGCUUAAAGCAGAUAAUUGACGUGGGUUCUGGUAAAGGCUAUCUAAGCUCCUUUUUGUCCUUAAAAUAUGGUUUGAACGUUUAUGGCAUCGAUUCCUCAAACACUAAUACUCAUGGCGCGAAGGAGAGAAACAGGAAGUUGAAGAAGCAUUGGAACCUGUAUCAUCCUCAGUCAAGAGCAGACGCCACCGGCUUGGCAUUAGAAAUGCCCAAAGAGUUGAAAGUGCCAAAGGGAGUGGAGUGUAAGGGGGAUGCUGAGAGCAUGCAGAGGAGCAGGCUUGGGAAUCAAGACCUGUCUGCCACCGAUGUUUUGCCUGAUUUUUCAGGGUCUGCAAUUUCAAUCAUCAGAAAACAGCAAAAAAAUCUGCUUGCUCAGCCAGCUGAGGAAGAAAAUUUGUAUUUUGAAGAUGCCUUUUCUCUCAUAGACUUUUUACCUGUUGAUGCCAUCGAACCUACUUCAUCACAGGUGCAGACCACAGAAAAGUCUGGACUGAGAAAAGAGAGAAGAAAUACGACAUCCAAAGCAAGGGACUCAAGCAUGUAUUCACCACUAACGUCUUUCAUCACUGCUGAUUCACAAUUGCAUGACAUUAUUGAAGAUCUGGAGGACUGUUUAAUGGUGGGGCUGCAUACCUGUGGUGACCUUGCGCCCAGUACUCUGCGGAUAUUUACAUCCAAGGCUGAAGUCAAGGGAGUUUGCAGUGUGGGUUGUUGCUACCAUCUCCUAUCUGAGGAGUUUGAAAACCAGCAUAAAGAUAGAUAUGCUAAGGAAAACUGGGGGUUUCCAAUGUGCCACUAUCUGAAAGAGGAGAGAUGGUGCUGCGGCCGUAAUUCGAGAAUGUCAGCAUGUUUGGCAUUGGAGCGGGUUGCAGUUGGCCAAGGGCUGCCUACUGAAUCACUCUUCUAUCGUGCUGUUCUUCAGAAUAUUAUUAAGGAUUAUUAUGGCAUCAGCAAAUGUGAACAGCACGUUGGUAAAAUGUAUUCCAAAUGUUCCUCUUUUCUGGAGUAUGUCAGAAUGUCUCUAAAGAAGCUUGGAUUAGAUGAGUCCAAGGUCUCUGAAGAAACUAUAAUGGACUACUAUGAGAAAUAUAAGCCUAGAAUGAAUGAGCUAGAGGCAUUUAAUAUGUUGAAAGUUGUUCUGGCUCCCUGCAUAGAAACACUCAUUCUUCUUGACCGACUCUGUUAUCUGAAGGAACAGGACGGUGUAGCCUGGUCUGCCCUCGUGAAGUUGUUUGACCCUGUGCAGUCGCCCAGAUGCUACGCUGUCAUUGCUCUGAAGAAUCAGGGUGACCGCGGCUGAAGCAGAGUGCUAGACAGCCGGGCUGGGGACUUGCUCAAGGACUGCUUUCUUAAACAUUUAUAUCCUGUUAUGUAAACAUUUUAAAUCUAUUGCCUAACAACACAAAAUCAUAGUGUUUUCAUUCUCAAAGCAUACAGUAAUAAAAUAAGAAUUUAUGUAAAUAUUA